GGAGGAGGAGGAGGAAGGAGCCGCACGGAGCCCGAGCAGAGGAAGUCCCCGCCGGGCACUCGCAGCCCCGAGGGGUCCCCGCUGCGCUCCGAGAUGUCCCCGCCCGGGGGUCGCCGCUGUCCCCCCGCGCUGCUGGCGCUGCUGCUGGGGCUGGCCGGGAGCCGAGGAUUCCCGGAAUGCGAAAAUUCAGCUGUGACCGAGGGAGGGUCGCUGUGCCUGAGGCCGGAGGAACCCCCGCGGGAGUGGACAGAGAUCCGCUGGAAAUGGGAUAUUAAUUCAGGAACAUGGCAGCGGAUCCUGACAGCCCGCAGGGAUGGAGCUGUCUCCUAUCUCAGAGGUCCUUUCCGUGGGAGAGCGAAAUUCCAGCCGGGAAACCUCUCCCUGUGCAUCUCCCCGGUUCACAGGGACGAUCACGGGCUCUAUAGGGCCGAGUUCGAGAAUUCGGGAGCGAUUUCAUCCCGGUGCUUCCGAGUGUCCGUGUGGGACCCCGUCCCGCAGCCGGAGCUGAAAUCCCAAAUCCUGCAGCGGGGUCGGGGCUGGUGCCGCCUGGCCCUGCUCUGCUCCAGCCCCGGGAACGUCUCCUACAGCUGGGCCUGCGCCGGGGAUCCCCCCGGGCAGAUCCCGGGGCAGAUCCCGGAGGAGAUCCCGGAGGAGAUCCCGGAGGAGACCCCGGCGAUCCCCUCCCGGCUGCUGCGGAGGCUCCCCGAGGGCGCCGAACCCCAAAUCUGCCUCUGCAACGUCAGCAACCCCGCGGGGUGGAGCGCGGCCCGCGCCCGCCUCACCUGCCCAGAAAUUCCAGAGGAUUUCAGCCGCUGGAGACCUCUGGCCGUGGCCGUGGCCGAGGGGCUGACCCUGCUCCUCGUGGGCUGCUGCUGCUGCUGGAGGGAGAGGAGGAAGAAUUCCCAGGAAGGAUAACGGGGGCUACAGGCGCUUCCCAAAUCCACAGGAAUGGGAAUUCCUGGGACCCCGGAAUUCCCAUCCCGGUGGAAUUCUCCUCCUGGGAACUGCAGCCCCCACUGGGAUCCAUGGAACAGAAACAUCGAGAAAUUCGGGUUUUUCCCCCCAAGAUUCAACCCCCAGCUGCGCCUCG